AAGACCCACGCUCCUGCAUAUAGCCAACUUUUAGUAGAUCUUCACACACACACGCACGCACGCACACGGGAAUACAAGACAACUCUCCAGCAAGUGGAUACUGACCAGGAACAAUCAGAGGUUACGUGCGGCCCACCUCUCCUCCUCUCAUCUACACACAAGUCAAGCCUGACGUGUCAACGAUGGCCUUCAUCCCUCUCCUCUGCCUCCUGCUGCUCUCCUGGCUGGGCCCAGCAACGUCUCUCUUCCUGCCCGACUCCAAGGAACUCCGGCAGCUGCUGAGCCGCUACCAGGAAGAAGUAGGCCAGAACAGCACCGGCGGCGGCGGCAGAAGCAGGCGUGCCAUCCGCUGGUCCGACCGGGAGGAGGUCCUCCAGCUGCACAACAAGCUCAGGGCCUCGGUCUACCCGAGUGCUUCCAACAUGGAGCACAUGGUGUGGGACGAUGAGCUGGAGAGGUCCGCCACUCACUGGGCCGAGGUGUGUCAUUGGGAUCACGGACCUCAGGACCUGCUCAUGUCCAUCGGACAGAACCUGGGAGUUCACUGGGGCAGAUACCGCUCCCCCGCCUCACACAUCCAGGCCUGGUACGAUGAGGUGAAAGACUACACCUAUCCUUACCCCCAGGAGUGCAACCCCUGGUGUCCUGAUCGUUGUUCUGGGCCCAUGUGCACCCACUACACCCAGUUGGUGUGGGCCACGACCAGCAGAGUGGGCUGUGCCGUGCACGUGUGUCCAAGGAUGAAUGUGUGGGGAGAUAUCUGGGAGAACGCCGUCUACCUCGUGUGCAACUACUCCCCAAAAGGAAACUGGAUCGGGGAAGCCCCUUACAAGAAUGGACGCCCUUGUUCCCAGUGCCCUCCCAGCUAUGGAGGAGCUUGCAGGAACAACUUGUGCUACAAAGAAUCCCAGCGCUCUGAGACGGAGGAUAUGAACGAGGUGGAAAAGCCUCAGGUGCCCGUCGUACCUCGUACCACCGCCAAACCUGCACCCAAACCCAAACCUUCACCUCCGAGGAAACCAGUCUCCAGACCGUCUGAUCCGAGCACCCCGUCCUCAAAGAAUCCUAGCAGCACCUACUUGGCUCAGAGCAUAAAGUGUGAGACUAGACUGAGAGACAAGUGCAGAGGAGUCACCUGCAACAGAUAUAAGUGCCCUGCUAACUGCCUGAAUAGAAAAGGAAAAGUUUGGGGAACGCUCUACUAUGAUGUGCAAUCAAGUAUUUGCCGUGCUGCCAUUCACUUUGGUGCCAUCGACAACAAUGGUGGCCUUGUAGACGUUACAAGGAUGGAGACCAAGUUCCCCUUUUUUGUCAAAGCCAACAAAAACGGCGUGGAGUCUUUCAGUAAAUAUAAACCAGGAAAUGCAUUUAUGCUGGCCAAAGUACAAGAAACAAAUACAGAUUGCUACACCACCGUUGCGGAGAUUUGCCCGUUCAAAAAGCCUCUGUCACAUUGUCCAAGGGUCAUCUGUCCUUCUGACUGCAAGAGUCAGCCCUCCUAUUGGUCACCAGUCAUUGGCAACAACAUCUACACAGACAACUCCAGUAUUUGUAAGGCAGCCAUCCAUGCAGGGGUGAUCCCACCAGACGGGGGCUUUGUGGACGUCCUGCCUCUGGACAAGAGAAAGAAUUAUGUUGGUGUCUUGAAAAACGGCAUCCAGUCUGAAAGUAAGAGCAACACAGAUGGAGGCUCCUUCCGUGUCUUCGCCGUGAGGGAGUGAGACGUCCGUCAAGAUGUCCUAAAGUCAUCUCAGCUGCUCAUGAAUGAAUGGAUCAGGACGUGCUCAUAGGUUUGAUUCCACAGCCAAUCACGUGCCUUCAGUGGAAGCAGAGUGUCUUGAUUCGGUGACUCUAUCCCUCUUUAAGUAGAUACAUGGUACAAAAUUACGUGGUUUUCCACAUGGAGAUAUCUUUAGAAAUGCUUAAUGUGUGAGUGAGGUUGUAAAUUAUAAUGAAUUGAACAGCUGGUGCUGGGUCUAUGUCAUUUUUGAGGUAUGUUUACAUUAAUUUCAUUUUUUUUUUUAACGCAGGAAUGUAUACUUUAUUUAAUCAGCGUGUACAUAGUAUAUGAUAUUUUGUUUUUCUUUGAAAAGAAUACCAUACAGUAUAAUUACAUUUUUGUGUUUAUCUUUUAUUGUCCCUUCUUGCUCUGCUGGACACUCUUUAUUUGCCAACUGUAAAAUUUAAUGCAAUGAACAUGCUUUUAUUUUGAAAUGAAGGAUGAGUAUGUUUCAGCACAUUGGAUAUGUGCACAGGAUGCACAGAAGGUGUUGUGUAAUGCGGAGUCCAUAAGUGCCAGAUGUUAAGAAUGUUUAAGAAUGUUUUCUGGUUAUAUUUCAUGACCAUAAGUCGCUUUUGCUUCUCCUUUUUUUUUUUUUUUUUUUUACAAUUCUUGAUUAUGUCAUGAAAAAAUGCUAGAUUAACUUUCCCUACCCUCACAAGACAGAUGAAUGUGUCACAUAAGCAUUUCAUAUCAGGUCAUAAUUUGAAUUGUUUGCUUCGCGUUGUCAUUAAGUAUCACUGAUAAAUUAUAUACUGGUAAAUAUACUGAUAUUCUAUCAGUAUAUGCACUUUUGUAAUGUUUUACAAAAUGAUUCAUUCAAACGCAGCAAGCACAAGACAUUAAAACAAAGUUGAGAACUUGUUGAAUUAGGUCCGGACGUUGAGCAACUCAAACAUAAUGUUGAGACAACAACGUUUAAUCAAUGUUGGGUUCUGACGUUGAUUUAACCAUUGAAAUUUGGUCAUUUCCCAACCUACAACGUGGAUCCAACGUGAGACACCAACAUUGUCUCUAUUUACAACUAUUUUGCAACGUUGUUUCAAAGUCAGUUUUAAAGGACAUGUAUAUAUAAUCAACGUUGUAUCAAUGUCUUCUGUGUGCUUGGAAAUGUAUCCUUAUUAGAAAAUUGGACACAAUCGCUAAAUCCACUAAGAAAAGCGUAUAUCCGUAUUCUACCUCAGUCCUAUCGCUAUGCUUGGCCUUCAGGUCUUUAACAUAUAGCAGUUGUAAUAGCAAGUAUGAUGGCUUUUGUAAAGUUGCGGGAACUGUUAAUAAUAUCAAUGUGUAUUUUUUGUAGCAAGGUCAUGGUUACAAAGUGUUACUUAUAUGCAGGCAUGUAUAAACGGUUUCUCUAUUUUGUUUUUGCACAAUUUGAAAAUAAAAUCUACAUUU